AUGCCUACACCCGCAGCCAAAUCCCCGCUGUACCCAGCUCGCUGCGCACCCAAAUCACCCAAUUUGUCGUGCGAGCAAUACCUCGCGCACUGCGCGAGCCACCACCCGCGCAGCGCAGGCAACCCAUCCGCGCAGCGCAGGCAACCCAUCCGCGCAGCGCAGGCAACCCAUCCGCGCAGCGCAAGCAACCAUCCGCGCAGCCAAAUCCCCACUGCACCCAGCUCGCUGCGCACCCAAAUCACCACUGCACCCAGCUCGCUGCGCACCCAAAUCACCGAGGCCGCCUCCGGGCGCCCAUUCAUUCCUUCGCACUAUCCUAUAUCCGCCAGCUCAACCACUCAACAGUCACCUAUGCACAGUAAUUAUACCUCGCCGCCUCCGCCUCCUACCCUAGCUCAACGCUUAUCUGCUGCGCGGAAUAUGGUGCGACAGUAUGGUUUCGAUGAUAUCCCCAAUUGCCUAUUAGCAGAACUUCAGUGUACAGAUCCAUCCGUGCUCGCGCGUUCCAAAGCUUACUUGCAGCGCGGUAGCAUGGGCAAGCUUUUAUGUGCUGCGCUCGUACACUCUUCUAAUUCCAUCAAAACCCUCGCAAAGGAUAUUGAUUUGCGUAAUGCAUGUGUGGAUAUCGUCGAGAACCUUGUGCACAGCGAAAUGAGCGCCCUUAUAGCUGCACCGCACAUGCGCAAAAAGAUGAAUCAAUUUACCCAUGAAUACAUCAGCGGAUUUUCACUCUCUGAUAUUGCACGCCUAGCGCUUAAGACCCCGCGCGCACUCAAGACCCCGCGCGCGCUCAACACCCUCCCCGCGCUCAAGACCCCGCGCACGCUCAAGACCCCGCGCACGCUCAAGACCCCACGCACGCUCAAGACCCCGCCUCCCCGCUGGGCAAUCAUUAUCAACCCCACCAAGAAGACUCAGAAGAUCUCCCUUCAUUCAUAG